GUUGGGAAGGGGGUGGGUGGGGGGUGAAGCGCCGGCCAGGAGUUUCCGGCGGGUAGCAGCUGCCCUUUGGCCUUGGAGCGACGUCUGCCGAGAACUCGAAGAACGAGUUUGGCGAAAGUGCAGCAGCCAGGAAAAUAUGGGGCGCGUCUGGCAGCGACAUGCCGUCUGCCGCUUUGUUGUCGCGAUGGAGCCGCCGCAACGAGCCGCUACUGCUCGCCAUGUGGCUCCGUGCCGCGCUGUUGUUUGUGGUGACGAUGGUGAUGACCCGUUGCUCUUUUCCAGGGCACCCCCUUCUCGGACACUGACGGCAUGACGGCAUCGCCGCCUCGCCUACCUCCCGUCAGCGGAGUGCUGGUCACCGCAAACCCGGCGGUGGUGCGUCCUGUGGCGGUGUACUGUGGCCGCGGGCUGGACUUGGACGACGGCUGCUGGAGCAGUGGUUCGGUGUUCAACCUACACAACGAGCGUAUGCUGGUGGCGCCUGAACAGCCCACGGGCCACCACUCGGCACCACCAAUGCGUUCGUUGAAAGGGAAAUCGGCGGCCGUGAUGACGCGCACGUGCACCGCCUUCCACCCGGCCCGCUGCAAGUCGUCCUUCUUCCGGUCGAUGCCGCACAUCGUCAAGAUCGCGGACCCUCCGGAGUCACCCUCCUCGAGUGACGGCGGCUCGGCCUUGCUGGACGUGCUCGACUCGGGCCACAGCUCGGCCGCCCUGCUGGCUGAAGAGGAUGCACCACCCUCGCCCAGCGAUUCGGGAGUGGCCGAGCUGGAAGCCCAGCUGCGCGAGAAGGACGCGGAAAUCAUGUACUUGCGCCAGACUAUGGCACGCAACGAGCGGGCCAUCUUCGAGGUCUUCGAGGAGAAGGAGCUGAACUGGUGCAAGGAACUCGAUGACGCGUGCAACUACUACGAGCGCCUGUUGCGGAGGCACGGCAUAACCGCGCCGCGGUUCAUGACCACUGCAGUCCCAUGUGCACAAGUGCAGCAAAAGAUUACUGCAUUCGCCACAAGACGCUCAGAUGACAGCCCAGUGUUCAGUGGCAGUCGAUUCGAGGAGGCCAGCUGCCGGCCUGGGGGUGCGAUCAAGCUGUCAUGGCUGGAAACACCACAACUGGACAGUGAGGUGGCUGAACUCACUACGCUCAUGGAGGAUUCGCAACUCUCAGGAAAUGCUGACAAAGAAAGGCACCGACUUCGGCUCGAGCUGCAUCGCUGUCGGCGUCAACUGCAGGUUGCCUUGCAGAAUUUCGAGGAGGAGCGCCAGCGAUGGCAGGAAGAGCGCAUACGGGCUGCUCAGUACCAACGUCAACUGGAGGCCGACUACUGGCAGCUCUUCAGCCACAACCAGGAGCUGUUACGCGCCGUGUCACGCACCAGCCUGCCACUUGAGCUGUUUGAUGGCUGGUACCACUCAGAAUCCAGUUGCUGAAAACUAACCACACCCAUCUGUGAUAUCUUCAGUCCGGUGCGCCUCUUCCUCCUAGAGAAGGGGCUUGUCUCCAGGGUUGGCAUGAUUGGCUCAGCGUUUCAGAAUUGGAAACUUCCAUUGGCAUUGUUUUGUGCAGAUUUCACUUGUUCAAUUGAAGGUGACUAGCCCUCGCACUAAUUUUGCAGCACUUGUAUCUUUAAAAAUAUGGAAAGUCUAUGAAUUAUAAUGGCCUUUCUAAGCUGAAAUUUCUAUGUUCACAAUUUGUUUAUGCGCAUAAUUAUGACAUUCCUCGCACAUAUCUACAAAACAAUGAAGUGGAUAUUCUCUCAGUGAAAAAGUUUUACUCCUAGGCAGUGACAGAAUAUAUCUCAUACAUGCACCCAGUCUUGAAUGUGCUGCAAUUUGAUAAAGACCAUUCAUACAUUGCAGCACCAUAGUGUGGAAGAACAUUAGAACCUACAUGCAAAAGUGCUGCAAAUAUAGUCAGCUUGAGUUUUCUCAAAGCAUAUAUGGGCGAGCGGCAGCAACAAGAAAGAUCUCAGUUACCCUAAGCAGAAAGCACACGAAUGUAAAGUGUGCAUCACAAAAUAUCUCCAUGAAUGCACGUUUCCGGCUCUGUGGCGAUGAGCAGAUGAAUUGUGCAUAUUGUGCAUAUCUCUGCACCUUACCCCAAAUUAUUGAGCUUUCACAGUCUAGCCUGAUCCAUUUACACAGCAGCUUGUGGAUUUAGCUAUGGCGAGCAUUGAUGAUUUGUGGCGACUCAUUAAAUUGUCAGUGUAACGUUGCUGCUACAGCAUUUAUAAGUAGGUUGCACUGCAGUGUGUUCUCCAAAUCAAACCUCCCCUUUGCCAAGCCUGCACUAAAAUGAGCCUAGUAACAAUGACCCACCUUGUUAUCAUUUGAAAGUGGUUCUAAAGCAAGUGAAUAUUCUAACAAAGCCCACUUACCAAACAGUAAUAUAUCAUUAUGUCCAGCGAGGUUGGUCAUGAAAUGAGGGUGGUCGUAGUAAUUGGGCUUCUGUGUAUAUGGGCGUGUCUUGGUGUGCCCAUUUGCACAUUGCAUAGUGUUUGAAAGAAAAGCACUCUGCAAAGAGGCCCCCCCUUUUUUUUUGUUUUCUUAUGUGCAAUUUCAUUUAUAUUUUCCCCAGCAAUGCUACAGGUAUAGCAAGCUGUGUAUAUAGUUAUAUGGCUUUGUUGCCAGCCAGAUAUGUAUGUCUUGCCAAAGGUUGCAUCCACCUCCUGAACAUGCGUUGUUACUUUGUUUAAAGAAUGGUAGAUUGACCAUAGAAAGCUUCUAUGGGUGUUGUUCCAGUGUGUUUGUACUAUGUGGGCAUUUGUAUGAGAUGUGUUAGUUCCUGUGUGCUUGCUUGGUCAGCUGCAUUUUUGCCCAGUUUUCCCAGUAUUUUUCUUUUUGGGCCCAGACAUAUUUUGGCUGCAAACUCACUGCCACUUUAAUAUUGCCCAUGUGAAAGGUGCAUGGGAGAGCUGCAUGUAUUUAGCCUUGCAUUUAAAUAAUCAAUGGUAGCUGUUCAUGUGCCAACAAGCAUUGAGAAUGUGUAUUUUGAUGACGUGUGUGUGUGCGUGCGUGCGUGUGCACCUUACAAGGUGUGAUAUCAGUGCAAGCAGGCAAGUAGCCGACAGUGCCCAUGUGGCCACAUCAGAGAGCCUGAGUGGUUUGCAUGCUGAAAGGGCAAUGUUCUCCUUCCCUCAUUUUCACCAUCGCUGCCCUGGCAGUUGUGAUGUGGCUACCCUAUUCAAGGAUAGCACAUCACUGUGAUGUAGUCAGUAGCACUGCACACAAAUUUCAUGUUGUAUUCCAUAUGUCAAGAUGUUAUGUAGUGUGCUGCUGAGCUUCUUGCCAACAUUUAUAGAGAGAAACAAACUUGUGGCAGGACAUUCUCUGUAAACAAGAAUGUAUUUCUCAUUACUGUAUAGUCUUUCAGAGUCAAUGAUUUCUGUUAUCAUUCAGGAAAAAACCUUGACUGUGCACAACCUUCUGAAUUCAUAUUGCUAGGAGUGGAUGGGCAAUAUUAUUAUUAUUGGUGGCUUAUGUUUGUACAAAACAAGAGCCCUGUGGGUAAUUUUUUUUGGUAGCAGAACUCCAAUUAUGUCAAGACAACAUUAUAGUAAAGUAUUGUACAGAAAAAGAAAGUUCAGCACCUUGGCAUCGGAUCGGUUCGCAUGCCAAUUAAAUGAGGGAUGCAAAGGAGGACUGAAUUCAAAAGGUAGUGCCAUGGCAAUGGCUUUCUUAAAUGUCGGAACAGUGUUUUUUGCUUUCAAGUAGCACAAUCACUAUUCUACCAUAAUACACAUACAAAAAAACUUAAAAAAAAAGAUGUCUGCAAAGCAUUCAUAAAUAUGACACUGUGUGUAUGACAUUCAAUGGAAAGUACCUGCUGCUUAAUAAAGUUGCAUAUCAUGUUUUGUCACUGUGAA